AUGGCAACAAGCGAAUCGAGAGUCUCAAAUGUUAUCAGAGCGAGAGAAACGUUUAAUCAGUUCGCCACCUCUGCUCCUUUGAGCGAACACAAAGUGUUGACUUUACCAGAGUUUAUUUCUAUAGUGUCUCCUUUUGAAUCAGAUAUUCCGAGGGAAACAUUUUCUUUAUUGUAUUUGAUGGCAGAUAAAGAUAAGAAAGGAUUUUUAACAGAGCGAGAUUGGAUUGAUUUUAUUCAGACCUUAGUUUCUAAAGAUGGAGAGUUCAAGUUACUCUUUGAUAUGAUUUCUAAAGGACAGCAAAGAGCUCAUUACAAGGACUGUCUUGAGGUCUUGUCCAGUUUGAAUAAAGCAAUUGAUCCAUCUUAUCAGCCUAAGAAGGCUAAGUUGAAUUGGAAAUACUUUGAAAGUUUUUUUGAACCUCGAGGAUCCAUUGACUACAAUGAAUUCGUCAGUUUAAUAAAUUAUUUGCCUGUCACAAAAUUGAUUGGAAACUUCGAAAUGACUCAAAAAAAUGGACUUAUAACGAAAGACGAAAUGUACACUUUAAUAACGAAUAACUUGAAACAUAAGUUAUCAUCUCAGUUAAAGUUGAACUUAAAGUCUUUGCACGAAUUUUUUGAGCAAGAAAAAUUCAGUUUGGCGAGCGUUUUAUUCGUGUAUAAUUCUUUGAGUAAGGUUGAUCUUGUCAAUGAGGUGAUCGCAAAUACUCCACCAACUACAAAAGAUAAAGAUGAUAUUUUAAUUGACAAAUAUGAUCUAUACAACCAUUUGAACGACCAUUUAUUGAAGUCUUCCAAUUUCAAACCCAUUUCUAUGAAUGAGUUGAAUUUGUUGUUUUUUUUGAUUGAUAAAAAUGAAGAACUGAUCCCACGUAAAGAAUUAAUAUCAUUUUUCAAUCCCAAUUACGUGAAUAACAUGAACUCUUAUUACUCCAUUUUUGAGCACCCAGCAGCUCAACCGAUUCAAGAUGAUAAUUUUUCGCUUUGGCCAAUUUUUGACUCUUUGUAUUCUUUUUUCUUGGGUUCUAUUGCAGGAUGCAUCGGUGCAACAGUUGUUUACCCUAUUGACCUAGUUAAGACCAGAAUGCAGGCUCAAAGACAUAAGGCUGCGUAUAAAAAUUCUUUUGACUGUUUCAAAAAGAUUAUUAAAAAUGAAGGCUUAAAAGGAUUGUAUUCUGGUUUGGUAGCGCAGUUAAUCGGAGUGGCUCCUGAAAAAGCAAUUAAAUUGACAGUGAACGAUCUUGUCAGAAAUAUUGGAACAGAAGAAGAUGGUUCAAUCAAAAUGAAAUGGGAAAUUGCGGCCGGUAUGUCAGCAGGUGCAUGCCAAGUUAUUUUUACAAAUCCUCUUGAGAUUGUGAAGAUCAGGUUGCAAAUGCAAGGUGGAAAUAAGAACUUAAAAUCAGGAGAGAUUCCUCUCAAAAAGCUAACUGCUGGUCAAAUCGUAAAACAGCUAGGUGUCAAGGGUUUGUACAAAGGUGCAGUUGCAUGUUUAUUGAGGGAUGUUCCAUUUUCAGCCAUCUAUUUUCCAACUUACGCAAAUUUGAAGAAAUUGUUAUUUAACUUUGAUCCAAUGGAUCCAAAUAAGGCACAUAGACUAACAACAUGGCAGUUGUUACUAAGUGGUGCUUUAGCUGGUGCUCCUGCAGCUUUUUUCACGACUCCCGCUGAUGUGAUUAAAACAAGACUUCAAGUAGAGAGCAAAAAGAAUGAAACAAAGUACCGCGGUAUUGCACAUGCCGGAAGGACUAUUUUGAAAGAAGAGGGUAUUGGUGCAUUUUUCAAAGGUUCUCUUGCCAGGGUUUUCAGAUCUUCACCUCAAUUUGGUUUCACAUUGGCAAGUUAUGAAUUAUUGCAGAGCUUGUUUCCUUUACAUCCUCCAAAUACGAAGGAAUCUAAUUUUAAGGCGAUUAGCGGAUAUCCUGGCGUCUAUAAUUUGACUAAUGAUCAAGUUUAUAAUUCACAGAAUCGCCGAAUCAUGUAUUUGAAUAAAGAAGAGUUUAGUGAAAAAAACAGUUUAAGCUAUAAUAAUUCGAAUGGCAAUAAUCUUCUUAGAUUGCCGGCUGAAUAUGUUUAUAAAUCGCAAGAUGCAAUCAGGCUACUUUUGGAUGUUGAUUACAAGUUUUUUGAUUUUAAUUAUGAUGCCUAUAUGAAAUACAUCAAGAGAAAUUAA